GAGAAAACUAAUAUACACAUAGAAUAUUAAAAUCAGUAACAUAGAAAAACUAUUUGAUGUAUAUAUCUCUGUCAAUAUGGAUGCACAUUCUUCAUUUAAAUCAUCCAUUUAUCUAGAAUGAAAUCAAUAACCAGGUAGAUCUUUUUAAGGGCUACCAUUUAUUGUAAAACACUAGUAUUAUUAUUACUCAAAUCUGUAUACAGUAUAUAAUAUAUAAAGGAAAUAAAUAAAUAAAAAAAGACAGACGGACGGACAAAUUUAAAGCAUAUGCUUCUUCAGAGGGGGGGAAGGGAAGGGUAAAGAAGUCAAGGAUAUAAUGUUAUUAGAAUAUAGUUGCAGCAAGAAGGGUCAUUUAAUAGCUUUUUGAUCGGAUGAAAAAACCAUUGUUUAGCUACCUUCUUUUAUCAAAUAGUAUUUAUUUCAAAGAUGACUUGGCUAUUUUAACAAACCUCAAAUAUAUAAAUUGUCAAAUUGUUUUAUCUAGAAACAAGAUACUCUCUUGGCUUGUAAAUUAUUCUCAAACAAGCUAUUAUUCAUUCUGUGUAAAGCAAUAGACCCU